UUUGCUAUUUCAGCACCUCCUGGAUUUUUAGCCACGCCUCAAACGCCGCCGCCAAGGCCAAAUAUAGGUUUUCAUGGACCGCAUCAGAUGGGCGGAUCCAGCGCAGGGCCAGGUCUAAUGCCCACGCCGCAGCCACAGCAUCAACAGCUAAAUGGCAUCACUGGGAAUCGUGCGCCGCCCGGAUUUAUGUAUCCAACUGGGCCAGCUACGAACCUGCCGCAGCAUCCCCUAUUGCAGCAGCAUGUUUUGCCGCCCAAUUUUCCUCGCCCACUGCCAAAUCCACAUCUGCCCACGGCGCUCAACAACUUUGCCAUGCAUCCCAGUUUCAAUGCGAUGCGCGCCGUUGGCAUGCAUCCGGCAGCCUACAUGCAGCCUGUGCUGCCGCCCCGCCUGCCGCCACACAAUCUGCUUAAUCAGCAGCCCAACUCGAUGUACAACAUGUUUAACAUGCGACUGGUUCAGGAAAUUCAGCAGAACCAUCCGCUGCUGCAGAACGCGGCAGUUGCUCGCCAGCAGCAGCAGCUCAGUCGACCCGGCGAUCGCCAAAAGCAGCAGCAGCUGCUUCCGCAGCAGAUGCAGCAGCAACAACAGCAGCAGCAGCAAAUGAAUCGGUAUAGCGGCAACCUGCCUCAGGAGGAGUUCGACGAGUAUGCGAAUCUGAUGAGUACGCGCGACAAGCAUUGGCUGAUUGGCAUCCAGCUGUCACAGCUGAACACGGACACUCCGUACAUUGACGACUACUAUUACACGGUGUACAAGGAGCGCAAAAACGGGCAGGUUCGUCACAGUCAGGCACACAAGGACAACCAGCUGAAUCAUCCACUGACGCAACCGCGAGGUCAUGCGCAGCUCAUUAUGGUUCAGUUGGGCAACAAAAAUGGCUCUCGUAAUGGGCAGCAGCACCGCGAAAGACGCAACUCGGACAACACGAGCAGCAGCAACACCAGCGGCAUCACAAACAGUGGCAACAACAGCAACAUCCUCUCUGGAUAUGUGUUCUCUCCUCUGAAGUUUGAAAACUCUCUGGGCAAGUUACAGUAUGGAAGUGUGACGGCGCCCCGCAAGAUUAUUGAUGCUGAGAUCAUGGGCAGUGACAGCGCAACCGCUGACAAUGCUGUGGUGGUAUCGUCAGUUGCUAGGCAGAGCUCAGAUAAAAACAAUGAGGGCCAACCCGAGGUGGUGCUUGUGCCGAGCAGCAUGCGGAAAUCACGACAUAUUUUGCUGCACAUAGAGACCCUAUAUAGGUAUCUGCUCAAGUUGGAGGACCUGGAGAGUCCGGAGGUAAUGGCAACCAUUAUAUUAAAGAAGAAGAAGGAGAGCGAACGCAUUGCCGCCGUGGAGCAACUCGAGAUGGCGAAUAAAACGCCCGAAGAGCGAGCGGCUGAGGCGAAUAAUCCACAAAGCAUGAAUCCAGCGCUUAAGAACAAAUUCAACUAUGAAAUUGAGCCACGCGAUGUUUUAGUGUGUAAGCUGAAAGCAGGUCUCACUUUCAAUAAGGUUGUAUCGAUGAUGAACGUGCGCAAGGGCAAGAUACUAUUACGCCGCAUAAUGCCAUUUAUUGCUGAUCAGCCGAUACGUUGGACAGUGUGGGGCGGAGUAUUCUGUUCACUGCAAAAUGUCGUUAAGAAGGAUCGAGAAGAUGUGGAUGGCUGUCUCUUUGCGCUUUACCCGGAAUUCAAAAAUCAAAUACAUGAAGCGAAUUUAGAAACAAUUAUCAACAUUUCAACUGCGUUUACCAUGAACGAUAAAAAGAUGUCGGGCAUUUUUUGUAGUCGCUUUGGCAUUCUGUCGCUUGUUGGAUUGAUACUACGCGUGGAGGCGAUCUACGUUUCAAACACCGACUUAACGCUUACCGAGGAGAGCCGACAAAAGUGGCGUGAGUUUCUUGCGCAAGUUGCUUCCUGUCUUAACCGCACCAUUCAGAAUCAAACCAUCUCGGCGGCUAUUGAGUCAGAUGCGAUUCAACCAAUGAUGAAUCACUUUGCGCGUUUCAAGGACUUGAAACUAGAUGCGCUUCUAGCUUUAAUUACACAAGCUAAACAUCAAAUAAAUUAAACGCAGGCAUUAUUCCUUUUUUUCAACUAAUUUCGGGAUGAGAAAGU